AGUUGCUCGUCGCGCGGCGCAGCACUCGGUCGGCACAGCACGAGACAAGAGGCAGGCGUGACACCACGCUGCUCUCCCGCCGGCGCACACCGCGUCGCGAUACGGUAUUAAGCAGCAAGUGUUGCUGAGCACGCUCUAGUCCCGGCAGGUAGAGAGGCGGUCACCGAGGGAAACGGCGGGUCCCAUUGUUGUCGCGGCCACAGGUGCCUGCACUAACAUUGUUGGGCCGCACUUGUCGUUCGCGCCUCGCCGGUGCUAUAGUGACCGGGCACGAUAAGUGACGAGCGGUGCUGACUGCGACGAAAUCCACAAGUUGGGCAUUCGUGCUACGUUUGGGGGAAGUAGACUGUGCGUGUUAGGUCCGGAACAUUGAAAAGGUGGUGUCAUCCCACGUCCUGUUAAUUUUUAUGGUAUUUUUCAAUGUGAUCCCCGCUUCAAUGUACUGUUCCAAUACAGACGACGGUGUACCUGAGUAAUUUAAAUCGGUUUUCUGGUUAGUAACAUAGGUCGAAGGCAAAGAGGAGGUUACCUUUUCGCGGCUGCACUAUAUUCCUAUGGGAAUAAGUCGACUAGACUUCGAGAUCCCGCCAGAGAACCUAACUAACUCACAACAACAGUUCCGUUUCAGAAGGAGAAUUCACAUCUACUAUCGCUGCUACUGGACAACAACAGAUGCGAUAACCGAGCACCGAUAAGUGGCGAAGAAGGCAUGCUUCUCCUUGGCCCAUCUCUCGGAAGUUGUAAUCUCACUCUCUGCCGCUGACUAACACAAUCUAUCGAUACGACACGAUUACAGGCAGUAACCUACAUUAGGUAUUUCUCUCUUCAAAAUAUACCGGCGCUUAGUCAUCUCUUUUCAGACAUCCCCAGUCUGCUAAUUUCGAUGUUAGGAAUAGGUUUUCUAAAAUUGUUUGUGUGAAUCACCUUACAAAUUCCGAUUAAUAUAGAAGUCGCUGAUACGGUCGAAGAAAAUUUUUCGUGGGCAGGACGUUUCAAACCAACAUUUGUAGUACUCCAGAGAGAUUGGGCGUUGUGCUACCUUUCGGAUUUGGUGACAGCUGUUCGAAAGAAACUGAAGCGUAAAGUGCCGAUCGUGCGUUUGUACUACAGGUCUGCAUAACAGUUGUUCAAACUUACACUCAUAAUAAAGACUACUUUGUUGGGAAACAGCUAUAAUCGAUGUAAAGGUUACUAUUGUUCGAUAUCAGGUUAAAACAAAUCGAUUAUUUGUGGACAUUGGUACCGUGUUCCCGUCACAGUCUCGUUUCAGGUAGAACGGUCGAAUCUCAGCUUAGUAAUUUCGAAGAGUCAUCGGCUGUACGUCGUGAGUCUGCUUGGACGAGGUAUUGUUGAAGGUUCUAGCGUAGGUCUACCGUUGAUACAAAUCUCAAGCCACAGUGAAAGUGUGCCUUCGGAACAGACCGAUCACCCCUGACCGCAUCGGUCUACCGAGUGUAGUUUAGAGAACUAAGAAGGCAAGAACUUUCGCCAGUUGAGAAACUGAUCGUAUUGGAGAAAAUUCUCUGGAUGCAAGUUUGGGGUCUUUACACCGCUCUGCGGAUCUGGAAUUUUGUUGUGGACUCUUAACGUAUGUGGGUACUUUAAUCCCGUUUCGAGUAGAACGGUCGAAUCUCAGCUUAGUAAUUUCGAAGUUAGUCAGAGUCAUCGACUGUACGUCGUGAGUCUGCUUGGUCGAGGUAUUGUUGAAGGUUCUAGCGUAGGUCUACCGCUGAUACAAAGCUCAAGCCACAGUGAAAGAGUGCCUUCGAAACAGACCGAUCACCCCUGACGGAAUCGAACUACCGAGUGUAGUUUAAAGACCGAAGAAGGCAAGAACUUUCGCCAGUUGAGAAACUGAUCGUAUUGGAGAAAAUUCUCUGGAUGCAAGUUUGCGGUCUUUACACUGAUCUGCGGAUCUGGAAUUUUGUUGUGGAUUGUUAACGUAUGUGGGUACUUUAAUCCUGUUUCGGGUAGAACGGUCGAAUCUCAGCUUAGUAAUAUCGAAGUGAGAGCGUCAUUGGCUGUACGUCGUGAGGCUGCUUGGACGAGGUAUUGUUGAAGGUUCUAGUGUAAGUCUACCGUUGAUACAAAGCUCAAGGCACAGUGAAAGAGUGCCUUCGAAACAGACCGAUCACCCCUGACGGAAUCGAACUACCGAGUGUAGUUUAAAGACCGAAGAAGGCAAGAACUUUCGAGAAUUGGGAAACUGAUCGUAUUGGAGAAAAUUCUCUGGAUGCAAGUUUGGGGUCUUUACACUGCUCUGCGGAUCUGGAAUUUUGUUGUGGAUUGUUAACGUAUGUGGGUACUUUAAUCCCGUUUCGGGUAGAACGGUCGAAUCUCAGCUUAGUAAUAUCGAAGUGAGAGUGUCAUUGGCUGUACGUCGUGAGGCUGCUUGGACGAGGUAUUGUUGAAGGUUCUAGUGUAAGUCUACCGCUGAUACAAAGCUCAAGCCACAGUGAAAGAGUGCCUUCGAAACAGACCGAUCACCCCUGACGGAAUCGAACUACCGAGUGUAGUUUAAAGACCGAAGAAGGCAAGAACUUUCGCGAGUUGAGAAACUGAUCGUAUUGGAGAAAAUUCUCUGGAUGCAAGUUUGGGGUCUUUACACCGCUCUGCGGAUCUGGAAUUUUGUUGUGGAUUGUUAACGUACGAGGGUACUUUAAGUAGAAGAAAACCGAUAUGCCCUCGUAACCGUGCGUAGCGUCGAUGCUCACUUUCAGUAAAGUAACGUAGAGAGGGCUGCACUAAGUUGUGAGGGAUCGCGAAACUGCGACGAUGCCUCCGAGGAGGAACGAGACGGCCGUGCGCGGCUUGGGGGCUGAGGGUGAGAUGCGGGACGACUACUACGAGGAUUACUACGAUUACGACUACGAGGAGGCGGUGCUGCGCUACAACUGGGUGGAGCUGCUGCCCGCGCUCGUCGUCUACACGCUGACACUGCUCAUCGGGCUGGCGGGCAACUCGCUCAUCAUCUUCACGGUGUGCCGCUACCGCAAGCUGAAGAACGCCACCAACGUCUUCCUGGCCAGUCUCGCCUCCGCUGACCUGCUGCUGGUCACCGUUUGCGUGCCAGUCAAGCUGGCGAAGCUGUUCUCUCACAGCUGGACGAUGGGCGCCUUCAUCUGCAAGCUGCUGCAUUACCUGCAGAGCGUGUCCGCCAUCUGCUCCGUGCUCACGCUCACCGCCAUGAGCAUCGAGAGGUACUACGCCAUCGUGCACCCAAUGCGCGCCAAGUAUACGUGUACCAUCCGUCAAGCUCGCAGGGUGAUCCUCAUUAUUUGGACGGCUUCUCUGCUGCUAGCAGUGCCCAUCAUCUUCGUGCAGGGUCACAAGGAGGUGGGAACGCACGUCCGGGCGUACUGGUGCAUCCGCGACUGGGAGAUCCCGCUGUGGUGGCGGCUGCACGAGGUGUACAUGCUGUUGCUCAUCCUGGUCAUCCCCACCUGCAUCAUGACGGCCACCUACAGCGCCGUCUGCUGGGAGGUGUGGCGCGUCACCAAGACGCGCCACGGCAUGACUGCCGGCUCGUUAAAAUCUUCUGGUUCGUGCCGGCACAGCGAAAGUUUCAUCCUGCGGUCCAGCAAGAAAGGAGGAACAGUUCACACGUGUCUGAAGAAGACUCCGUCCAGCAGGUCUGAGGACGACACCGCUGCUGUCAAGCAGCUAAUCAAAAUGCUGGUGGCAAUUGUCAUUCUCUUUGUCAUCUCCUGGGGGCCAUCACUAAUUGACAAUGUGCUGACAGCUUAUGGUGUUAUACCUUGGCAGAAACAUGGAAUGGUGUACAAAGACAUGAGCACAGCCUUCUUGCUCAUGGCUUACUGCAACAGCUGUAUCAACCCUGUGGUGUAUGGCUUUAUGUCAAAAAAUUUCCGAGAGAGCUUCAAAAAGGCCUUGUGCCGGUGGCAUAACUAUGGUGCACUGACACUUCAAGGAUCCUCCUACAAGAACAAGAGGCACAUGUCACUCUCGCAGACACGGACCACUUCUGUCCGGUAUGUGUCCGGAUGUUGCUGGCCAUGUCACUCGAGGAGUGAGGCUUUGGACGCAGUACCUCUGUAAGUGCAAAUCAAAGGUGACAUUGGAACCAAGAGCAAGAAGAAGAACUUUAAAGAGUUACAAACUGUAUGGAGUCUAUCAUGUCUACAAAGUAGAACAUUUGGUAAUGUGUUGAGACCUGCAUUGACAUCAUGAUGAAGUGCUAGAAAUACUAAGUAUUUCAGUUUGUGAGUACAGUCUGAAGAAUUUCUUGAUGUUAAAGUGAUUAUAUAAUAAUCCAUGCCUGAUAAAAGAAUAAUGGGAUAAAAACUGUUGCUCUGAAGGAUUUCAGUAUAUUUCUCUGAAAUAAAUAAUCAAACAAGAAGGGACUGGCUGUUAUUCUGCCACUGCUCCAUGAUUAGUACUAAACUAUUUUAAAGAAAGUACAAGACUUUUUCCAUUUACUGUGUUCUUGCUGUAUGUGACUGUAUGAAAUAAAAUGAAUGUUGGCUUUUUUCUGGAAGGAACAAUAUAGUAUGUUUUGGCUAAAUGAGAAUCUGUGUUGGUGUAUGGAAACAUUUUGCUGUUAGUAAAUUAAAAGUAUAUUGACAUUUGUUCAGACUCUUAUGAUGUGUGUUAAUGUGUGUUAAUGGAGUGCUACCUGUUCCUGAUAGAGCAAACUAUGUACCAGUAUCAAAUAGUAUUAGAUAAAUGAAACUGUAAAUGUUGUUUACUGUAUGUGCUUGAGAUUGUAUUGGCUGUACCUAAAUAAAUAAUUAAAAUAAAA